CCCUCCUGCAGUCACCCAUUGCUCGUGCCCUGGCAGAGCAAAAUGCAGCACCCAACUACCCAUGCCAGCCCGCACUCAAUCGAAUAUACCACUCAAUGUAGGACAGUAGGAGCAGCGCUUGCAUUGCAUCGAAAGAGGAACGCAAAUCCGAUGAGACAAACACACACCGGGUAGUGAGCUCGUAUACGAUCGUUGAAACACACGCCACCCCGAGGAAGAAGAAACCAUGACAAGCCACUUCCUCUUCGUCCUCGUCCUCCUUGCGCUCCUUGCCGCCGCCGCCGGAUCAGUAGCAGGCGUCGCCACGGACACGGUGGCCGAGUCCUGCGACGCGAUCCGCGACUUCGUGGACUACGCCUUCUGCGCCGCCGCCCUCCACUCCGCCGGACCCAACGCCUCCAGGGCGGACCGCCACGCGCACCUGCUCCUCGCCGCCGACCUCGCCGCGUCCCGUGGCGCCUCCGCGGGGGACGCAGCGUCCGCCAUGGCGCGCUCAGAGCGCGGCGACGGCGGCCAGGACAACCAGGAUGCCCGCGACGGGCUGGAGGCGUGCGGGAUGCUGUACGGGGCGACGUCGGUGCCGGCGCUGCGGCUCAUGCGCGGGUACGCGGCGGCGAGGGCAUGGGAGCAGGCGCGGGCGCUGCUGCCGCUCACGGGGCAGGCCGGGAUUGGGUGCGAGGCGGCGCUCGGGGACACGGGGGGCAGGCGGAGGAUGGCCGCGGCCAACCGCGAGUUCGACCAGCUCACCACCAUGGCCACCGCGCUGCUCAACAAGCUCGGCGGCUAGGCUGUCUCGGCUGGGCGCUGGCGCGUGGUAGCUUCCCUGUGUGGGUCGUGUUUGAUGUGGUGAUCUGGAAUCUGGAUGGAUAUGUGUCAAUAAUGGGUAAAUUAGCAAUUAUUCCUGGUGCUAAUUAGUUCUUUGACAAGACAAUGAUGGUAUCAGCUCUUUGACUAGACGAUUAGUUAGGGUUCACAUGAAGGGUCCACUUCUAUUUCAAUUCUGAAAUUUUCUAUUUAAUUUUUUAGCAAAUUUUGAAUAGGAAAUUUGAGAAUUAUAUUA